AUCAUGCUUUAUGACAUCAUGCUUUAUACCUCUGCCACUGCUAAAAGUUGGGCACUGGUUGGCAGGGCUAGAUACUCCUAUUGGAUGUUCAGCAGGGUCAGUCUGGGCCUGGAGCUAUUGGCCAAGUACCAGAGGCGGAGUCUCCCAAGGCCGGAGUCCGGCGGCGGGCGGAGUCCAUAGGCCCCGCCCCCGGGGCCGCGCGGGCGCAUUGGCUGUACCGGGCGCGGGCGCUCGGUAGCACUUUGAACCGGGCGUCAAGCAGCUGGGACCGGAGUCGUGGUGCUUACCCGGGUCGGGCCAGGUCGCUGCUGCUCUGGCCAUGGCUGAGGCACGCGUAUCUCGCUGGUACUUUGGGGGGCUGGCUUCCUGCGCAGCCGCCUGCUGCACGCACCCACUAGACCUGCUCAAGGUGCAUCUGCAGACCCAACAGGAAGUGAAGCUGCGCAUGACUGGAAUGGCACUGCAGGUGGUGCGAACUGAUGGCUUCCUAGCACUCUACAACGGCCUGAGUGCCUCGAUAUGCAGGCAGAUGACCUACUCUCUGACUCGGUUCGCUAUCUACGAGACCAUGCGGGACUACAUGACCAAGGACUCCAAGGGGCCUCUCCCCUUCUACAGCAAGGUGUUGCUGGGUGGCAUCAGUGGGUUAACUGGAGGCUACGUGGGGACCCCAGCAGAUUUGGUCAAUGUCAGAAUGCAGAACGACAUGAAGCUGCCCCUGAGCCAGCGACGAAACUACUCUCAUGCCCUGGAUGGUCUGUACCGUGUAGCCCGCGAAGAAGGCCUGAAGAAGCUCUUCUCUGGAGCAACCAUGGCGUCCAGUCGUGGGGCCCUCGUCACUGUGGGCCAGCUAUCCUGCUAUGACCAGGCCAAGCAGCUGGUCCUCAGCACUGGGUACCUGAGUGACAACAUUUUCACCCACUUUGUCUCCAGUUUCAUUGCCGGCGGAUGUGCCACAUUUCUGUGCCAGCCCCUGGACGUGUUGAAGACCCGCUUGAUGAACUCCAAGGGCGAGUAUCAGGGAGUUUUCCACUGUGCUGUGGAGACAGCAAAGCUUGGACCACUGGCCUUUUUCAAGGGUCUCGUUCCUGCGGGCAUCCGUCUCGUCCCCCACACCGUGCUCACUUUCAUGUUUCUGGAGCAGCUACGGAAGCACUUUGGCAUCAAAGUGCCAACCUGACAUCUCCAGGGACACCUGGGCCAUGCACAGUCACUGUGCUGAGCUCCUUGGAAGAGUGGGAAGGGAAUGGGCUCGCCUCCUCCUUGGCCUGGGCCUUUGCAGGGUCCUGUUCUUCCCAGCCUUGGGCUGCCGGCUAUGCCUUCUAACCCUGCCUUGGCCCCAAGUGGCACCUCUGCCCUACUAGCUCUCAGGCUCUCCUCAUUGGGUCGCCCUGUCUUCCCACCCCAUGAUUCACUCAGAAGAACUCUGGCCCAGCUGGUGUCACUGUCCCCACCUCCCUGGCUGCUACCCUACCCUGCCUGGCAAGCCCGGCAAAGCUGAGUUCGCUUCCUGCUCCCACUGGCCCUCUGUACACUGAGCAGCUUCCACCUAGAACUUGGGUAGUGUGGCAGGGUACAGCCUAUGGCAGCUUCUGCUUACCAAAUGACUAGAGCACGCACACAAGCACUUUUGUCACAAGAGGGACCACUGUGCCGUGUUCUGGAAGGUAGUCCCCUUCAGGAGAGGGAACAGGCAGGCAGCGCAGAUCACCAGCAAAUGUCAUGACAGUGGCCGAUGUGGCUUUUACUCUUCUGUCCCUAAUAUCACAGUCUGAGCUGCUUUCAGUCCAGGCUCCUACCUUGUCCCUGGGUACGCUGGAGUCCAGUGGACAGUGCCUGGGGUUCCCGUGUGCACCUCCCGUAUGCAGCAUUGGCUGCUUUAAUGGUCAGGUUUGCUGAGCCACCUGCUCAGCAGCAACUGCCAUCACCAGGAACUGGCUAUGUCCCCUCAUACAUCUGUGCCCUCCCUUGCCUCACUCUCCCAGGGCCAGGGGGACAUAGUGGCAUAGCUGGGGUGAUGAGGGAUUCAUCGUAUGUGCCCACCCAGGACCUGGCUUCCUAUAUGGCAGGGGUCAUCCCUCACCAUCUCUCAGGCUUCAAAGCAGCCUGUUUUCCCUCGAAUGGGGUUGUGUGUAUCAACAUGAGGUUGGGCCCUGUGCCCACUUGCCUCCCACAGUCCUCUCAGCACCAGGCCCUCACCCAGGAGGUGGCAGCGGGCCCAGGGGCACUGCCUGCACCUCUCUUCAGGAUCUAAUAAACCAAGUGGCCUGGGAGGCUCUCUUGUCUUCCCUGCACACUCACUCA